UGAAUUCCAGCCUGCUGGGCCUUCCCUCUGGCAUCAUCCAAAAUGGAGCCUCUCAUAGCUUACCCUUUAAGAUGUUCAGGGCCCAAAGCAAAAGUAUUUGCAGUUUUGCUGUCUAUGGUUCUAUGCACUGUGAUGCUAUUUCUUCUACAAUUAAAAUUCCUAAGGCCUCAAAUCAACAGCUUUUAUACCUUUGAAGUGAAGGAUGCACACGGAAGAACGGUUUCUCUGGAAAAGUUUAAAGGCAGAGAGGUUGCACUAGUUGUAAACGUGGCUAGUGACUGCCAACUCACAGACAGAAAUUACUUAGCACUGCAGGAACUGCACAAAGAGUUUGGACCAUUCCACUUCAGCGUCUUGGCUUUUCCAUGCAAUCAGUUUGGAGAAUCGGAACCCCGCCCAAGCAAGGAAAUAGUGUCUUUUGCAAGAAAUAACUACGGAGUAACAUUCCCCAUCUUCCACAAGAUUAAGAUUCUAGGAUCUGAAGCAGAACCUGCAUUUAGAUUUCUUGUUGAUUCUUCGAAAAAGGAACCAAGGUGGAAUUUUUGGAAAUAUCUGGUCAACCCUGAGGGUCAAGUUGUGAACUCCUGGAGGCCAGAGGAACCCGUUGAAGUUAUCAGGCCUGAGAUAGCAGCUCUGAUUAGACAAAUGAUCAUAAAAAAGAAAGAGGAUCUAUGAAAAUGCCGUUAAGUCAUUUGAAUGCAGCUGUCAGAAUACAGAAAUGUUUCCAUGAGGGUUUGGUCUUAUUUUAAACACUCCUGACAAUUAAAUGUGGCACUGAAGGAUGACUUUUUUGUUGUUUUUACAUUAUCUUGCUUGUGAAUGGUAAUGAAUGUCCCCAGGGUACAGAUGUUACACAAAACAAAUAUAAAGAACAGCCAAAGAAUCAAAAUGAAAUAUACUAAAUACAUUCAUUAUCUGACCACACUAAAUAAUUCAGAAUACACAGUUACCAAUGUGCUUCCAUAUCCUAUUGUUCAACUUGACAUUUUCUAGAAUUGUACUUGAUGGAAAUGCCAACACACUAGACCAGUGUUUGAAUUCAAGAUACUGUGUAUGACUGAAAUAUCUGGAGUGACUAAAUGUAAAUGACUAUUUUUAUGUAAUAAAAAACAAACAUUAAAAAAUGUAAAAUAUA